CGACCUCUGUUAAAAUGCAGAACCUCUACUGAAGCCACGUAUCUUUGCGCGGUCACCAUUGUAGUUAUUGAUCAUGACUAUGUAAGAUCUAAACUUGGGUUUUGUGUUUGUCCUGAUAUUCAGUUUUUUCUCUGUGGCAUCUGGAGCGAUGGAGGUGCAGGUUAAGAGAUAUCUGCAAGAUAUUUUUGUUUUUCUGCAGCUAACAGCAUGCGUGGCAGGAAUGACUGGGAGAUGUAGUCUUUUUGCACAACAUCAUAUUCAUACCUUUGAUGGGGUUAUAUAUGAGUUUCCUGGAGACUGCAGCUAUCUUCUGGCAGGGGACUGCAACCAUCAGUCUUUCACACUCCUAGGUGACUUUCAAAAUGGCAAAAGAACAGGAAUCACAUUGUUUCUGGGUGAUGUCUUCGGGCUGCACCUGUCAAUAGAUGGGCAACUUUCUGAAGGAGGCAAAAGACUCUCUCUUCCGUAUGCGUCUCAUUCUGUGUUUGCGGGCUCAGAGCUUGGGUUUUUUAAGCUCUGGAGUGAAGAGUUUGGCUUCACUGUCACCAUUGAUAAUGCUGCCAACAUUGCCCUGACGCUGGGCAAACGCCAUUCUAACCGCACCUGUGGCCUCUGUGGCAACUUCAAUGCAGUUCCACAUGAUGAAUACACAGCUCAGGAGGGCUUUCUAACAGAGGAUAGUUAUGAUUUUGCAAACUCCUGGGCAAUGAAGGGAGCUGACCAAGCCUGUCGACGGGUUUCUGAUCCCACCCAAUCCUGUAACAGCACAAAAGGGACAGCAGCGAUUUUGUCCACUUGCAGUGUACUGCAGAGCUCUAGCGUGUUCCUCCAUUGCUCCCACCUGGUGUCUCCCGAUGCUUUCCUGUCGCUGUGUCAGGCGGAGGCCUGCCACUGUGAACAGAAAAAUGCAGAAGACUGCUCCUGUCCUUUUCUGCUGGAGUAUGCUCGCACAUGCCAUGCUCACGGGAUUCUUCUGCAUGGCUGGAUGGAGGAGGCCCAGUGUUUUCCCAAGUGCCCGAUAGGCAUGCAGUAUAGUGAAUGCACCAAGUCUUGCUCCACCACCUGCCAUAGUCUCAACAUACAGGAGGUCUGUAAGGAGGAAUGUGUGGAUGGUUGUACAUGCCCUACUGGAAAGGUUUUGGAUGGAAAUCGCUGUGUGGAGGUAUCUCAGUGUUCCUGCGCACACAUGGGACGACAUUUCCCUCCAGGAUCUACCAUCUCUCAAGACUGUAACACAUGUGUUUGCCGCCAUGGGUCCUGGGAAUGUACCAACGAAGAAUGCCCUGGUGAAUGCCUAGUUGUUGGACAGUCUCACUUCAAGACUUUUGACAACAAAUAUUUCACCUUUACUGGCCACUGUCAGUAUCUCCUGGCAAAGGACUGUACAAAUAAUGAGUUUUCAGUCAUAAUUGAGAAUGUGCAGUGUGCAGAUGAUCAGGAUGCUGUGUGCACACGCUCAGUGACACUCAGUCUGCCCUCUCUGGAGGACAUGACAGUAAAACUCAAGCAUGGAGGAAUCAUCUCUGUCAACAGUAUGGACAUCCAAACCCCAAUGAAUCAUGGCCACCUGCAUAUUACGAGAUCAGUUCAGUCUUCUGUUCGAGUGAAGUUCAGUGAUGACCUCCGUCUGGACUGGGACGGUCGGGGUCGUGUUCUUCUGAAGCUAGGACCACGAUGGGCUGGACAGACCUGUGGUCUCUGCGGGAACUACAAUGGGAACCAUGGUGAUGAUUUCUUGUCUGGUUCUGGGCUGGUUGAAGCAAGUCCUCAGGCUUUUGGGCAGGCAUGGAGGAUCAAUGGAGACUGUGAAUCUACUCACAAGUAUGACCCUGAUCCAUGUGCAACAAACCCAAAAAGAGUGCGUUUUGCAGAAGAGGCGUGUGCAGUGAUCAUGUCAGACAUGUUCAGCCCAUGCCAUUUUUUGGUGAAUCCUGCUCCAUUCCAGAGGUUUUGCCGGUAUGAUGUAUGCGCCUGUGAAGACAGUGAGCAGUGCCUCUGCUCUGCUCUGUCUGCUUAUGCAGCUACCUGCUCUGCAAGAGGAGUUCUGCUCAACUGGAGAUCCCCUUCACUCUGUGAGAUGGAGUGCCCUGUAGGCCAGGUGUAUGAAGCCUGUGGGAGUGCAUGUGAGCGAACGUGCCGCUCCCUCUCUGGUGCUGAGUCUGGCUGUGAGGGGGAGAGGGUGUGUGAGGAGGGCUGUUUCUGUACGGCUGGAAAAUACUUGAGCACCUCUGGAGAGUGUGUGACUGCUGACAUGUGCCCCUGCUUGCACGAUGGACAGCUGUACCAGCCUAGUGAUGUCUAUGCAGAUCACAACAGCAUUUGCUCCUGUGAGAAUGGAGCUAUGCGUUGCAGCUCCACAGAGAUGACAUCAUUUCUUUCUGACUUCUUCUAUGAUGAUGACGUGGUGCCAUCCAGAGUGCGGCGGUCAGCCCAGUGCUAUCCUCCACUAGUUGAUGCGAAGUGUAAUUCAGGUGAAAGGGGGCUAGAGUGUGCCAGAACUUGCCAGAAUCUGGACCUGCCAUGCGUCAGUCUUUCCUGCAUCCCUGGCUGCCUAUGUCCACAAGGCACAGUACGCCACCGCAGAGAUUGCAUCCCACCAGAGCAGUGUCCCUGUUACCAUAACAACAGACCGUACGCACCAGGACGGAGCAUCACCGUUGACUGCAACACAUGCGUGUGUGAAAACCGGAAGUGGCGCUGCACACAAAAGCUGUGCGAUGGGGUAUGCCGCACUGUGGGGGAGGGGCAUUACAUCACCUUUGAUGGCCUCAAGUACUCCUUCCCCGGCCUAUGCCAAUAUGUCCUGGUCCAGGAUAUGUGUAACGCAGAAGGAGGUUCCUUCAGAGUGCUGGUGGAGAAUGAAGCAUGUGGAAUUGUAGGACAUCGAUGUGCGAAAACCGUCAAAAUCUUCUACCAGGGUGGCCUGAUUGUAAUGCAGGAUGGAAAGGUGAAGAUGAAGAGGCCUGUGCUGCAGAAUUCCCAGGUGGAGAUAGUCAGAUCUGGUCAAUUUUACACAGUUAUGUUGGGCAACCACAUCUCCCUCAGCUGGGACAGAGGAACUCGGCUCCUUGUUCAUAUCUCAGCCUCCUACAGGGAUCGUGUUUGCGGUCUGUGUGGGAACUUUGAUGGGAAUGUCAACAAUGAUAUGAUGAGCAGCAACAACAAGCUAGAGGUGGACGCCUCACACUUUGGCAACUCCUGGAAGGUCAUCCCCAGCUGUGCUGAUGUAACCGAGAUACUAGCUCCUUGUAGUGACAACACUGCAAAGUUGGUUACAGUGGAGCAGUCAUGUCGUGUGAUAACUGGUCCCCUCUUCAAAGAAUGCAACAGCCAGGUGGAUGCAGAACCGUAUGUAGAUAUGUGUGUGGAGGCUGCAUGCUCAUGCUCAUCUGUGGGGGACUGCGCAUGUUUCUGUGAUGUCAUUGCAGCUUAUGCACAGGCUUGCUCAGAGAAGGGAGUCUCUGUCAUGUGGAGAUCCAAUGAUCUUUGUCCUAUGAGCUGUGAGGAACUUAACCCUAAGAUCCAAGGUACAGGGGAGGAGUUGUGCCAGUGGAGAUAUAACACCUGUGGACCUGCAUGUCCCAUCACCUGUCAACACCCAGACCGCCUCCACUGUUCACUGACAUGUGUGGAAGGCUGUCAUGCUUACUGCCCUCCAGGUCAACUUCUGGAUGAGGUGGAUAUGCGAUGCGUGGAUCCUUCUCAGUGUCAGGUGUGUAUCCACGAGGGCCAGAGGAUAUCUCAUGGGAACAAGGUCAUCCUGAACCGUGAUGACCUCACCAACUGCAAGAUAUGCCACUGUGAGAACAACAAUCUCAGCUGUGAAGAUUGCGGCAUGUUGUCCACUCCCACACCGACACCGAGUUACAGCACCUUCACCACAUUGCCUUUCACCACCUUGAUGCCCGAGGGCACUUGUGAUCGGGCAAUGGAUCUGGCUUUCUUAUUGGAUGGUUCACAAGCACUGAGUGAAGAUGAAUAUAAGGCCACUAAGGAGUUCAUACUUGGAGUGAUUGAACGUUUCCGCAUGGGCUCGGCUCACACUAGAGCCACAGUGUUGCUUUACCACUCUGGAGUUAAAACAUAUGACCUGCAGGUUCAGAAAUGGCUCUUUAAGAAGACUGUGCGGGAGCUUCAUUACACAGGGGGAGAUGCAGCCUUCUUGGAUGAAGCUGUCAAAUAUCUAGCCAUCAAUAUCUAUGAUAAGAACAAGCGUGAGCAUGCUGGUCGUGUAGCUAUUAUCCUGACUGCCAGUGGUAACCCUCGCCCUGUUCGUGCCAUCGUAAAGAUGCUCCGUAAAAAGGCCAUCACCACCUUGACAGUAGCGCUUGGUCCUGGUGUCAACAUGGGGCAGAUCAAUGACAUCACCAAGGCCAACCCAGAUAAUAGGGCGUAUGUGCUGAGCAGUACAGGUGAGCUGCCUGACCGUCUGUUGGAGGUAACAGAUUACCUUUGCACCUUAGGACUGGAGCCUGAGGGGCCAAAACCAAAGCCUACACCGGGUAAAACCCGAAAGGCCUCACCCACCACCUCCCCAAGUGGGCAUACAACUCCCACAAAGCAUCUACCUGGCACUCCUGCCUCCACUGCACCCUCUGGCCUUUCUUCCAUCACCACAAUACCAUCAUACCAACCUCCAGCCACAGACGUGACUUUUAUCCUCGAAGGCUCUGAUGAUGUUGGGGAGGCUAACUUUAACAAGUCACUUAUCUUCCUGGAGGAAGUCGUCUCUCAACUGACAGAAAAGGAAGAGCUUAUCCGCAUCACUGUGAUCCAGUAUUCUGUAACAUUCACUGUGGAGAUCAGUCGCUGGGAGCUGAGGCAGCAGAGAGAACACCUACGGCAGCGACUGCGAGAGAUCCGUUGGAGAGGGGGAAGCAAGACAAACACCGGAGCGGCUGUUGCCAUGACUCUUCAGGAAAUGGCAACAGUCCAUCCUGUUCAUGGCCCUGCCCCUCCUCAGCUCGUCUUUCUUGUGACUGAAAAUCCCCCUACUGAUACAGUGACACGCCCACCAACAACAAGCAGUCAAACACGCGUGUAUCCAAUAGGUGUUGGACCAAAGGUGCAUGAAACAGACUUGGUACCGUUUAGCCACCCUCAGCAUCCGAUGAUGGUGGAGGACUACAACCAUCUGACAUCACUGGUCCAACGCGUGGUCAACAUCACAAGGACCACAGUCAUGCCCCGCUCUCCUACGCUGCCACCCCUCAUCUUCCCAACUCACCCAACUCUCCCACUCUCAGUGCCAUGCAAGAAGCCUGUUGAUGUGAUGUUCCUGCUAAAGGCCGGAGACCAGUUUGAGGACAUGAAGACAUUUGUAAAAACUUUCAUUGGCAAUGCUGACAUAGGGCCAAGUGGCACUCAGGUGGGCUUGAUUCAGUUUGGAGCCACUAACACAGCUGAGUUGUUGUGGAACAAACAUCAAAGCAAGUCAGACCUCCUAAUGCUGGUGGAAGACAUCCCAAACAGAUCCCCUUCAGCCCCUGCUUUAGGUUCCGCCGUAAAGUUUGCUGUGCAGACAUCCAUCUCAUCUGUCAGUGGUGGUAGAGUGGGUGUCCCCAAAGUUAUUGUAAUGGUGGUGACAGAAAAAUCCACGGAUGAUGUUAGAAAGGCAGCCAAUGAGGCCCUGGCAGCAGGUGUGUCAGUGUUCCCUAUUGGCGUUGGAUCGAACUAUGACAGCAAUGAGCUUAGGGUUCUCGGUCACUACGGCAACCAAGACAAUACUCUUCAUCUAAACAACAUGGACCAGCUACGGAUGUUUUUAAAUCUGGACAACAGCUACACAGAGAGAAUCUGCAGAGCGGGUCCACCAGGAGUGUGUGUAGAUGACAACGGAAAUGAGAGAAAGCCUGGUGAAUCGUGGCUGAUGGACGAUGGUUGCCACUCCCUCUUGUGCCACCCCAGUGGAGCAGUGACCGUUCAGAAUCACAAAAUCAGCUGUGAAAGACUAGAUCCACCAGCAUGUAAAAACAGCAUGCCCCCUGUCAGAGUGGAGGAGACCUGUGGCUGCCGCUGGGAAUGUCCUUGCAUGUGUAUGGGCAGCUCCACCAACCAUGUGGUGCGGUUUGAUGGGGUGGCUCUAAAGCUGGAUGGAGAGGGACUGUGUUCCUACACACUUCUCACAGUCAGUAAAGGCGACGGAAAAGGCUCAGAGGUCAAACUUCACACUGGACCUUGUCAAGACUCAACGAAAUACAGCCAGAUCUGCAUGAAAGCCAUGGAGGUGACCCAUGGAUCAUACACACUGCUGCUGAAGGAAGACGUUACGGCUAUGAUCGAUCGAGAAGAACUCUCCUUGCCUUGGAGACAUGCAGGCCUGGAAGUGGUGCGCUAUGGAGGAGUGAUGCUGCAGCUGAAAUCAGAUCAUGGCUACGUUUUGACUUUUACCCCUCAGAGCAAUGAGUUUACCAUCACGUUUCUCAGCUCGGAAACCGGCCGGCAAACUGCUGGACUCUGUGGUGCAUGUGGGGAGGCAAAGGUUAAUGUCCUGUCUUUGCGUAACGGCAACACAACCACCAACCAGCCGGCCUUCAUCUCAGACUGGACUGUUGCUGCAGAUGGUGGUGUGUGUUUGCCCAAACGGAAGGCAGUAUGCGUGUCUGGAGUGGCGAUGGGAUGUCAGGCCUUACGCUCUGAGGUGUUUGAAAAAUGCCACGCCUUAAUUGCUGUUCAGGUUUUCCUCAUUAAGUGUGAAGAGCAAGCCUGUGAUGAGUCAGAUGUGUGUGAGAUAAUAUCGGCAUAUGCACGCCUCUGUAGACAAAGCGGUGUGUGUGUCGAUUGGAGGAGCCCCCAUCUUUGCCCACUGCAUUGUUCAGAUUCUAUGGAGUAUGAUGCAUGUCGGACUGGCUGCGUGGAGGACUGUGGCAGCCUACAGGCAUUGCCAGGUGACUGGUCAGUUACUGGCGGCAACGAGUCAUCAUGUAUGGAGACGCCCACUGAAGGCUGUUUCUGCGCUGGAGGGACAGUUUUGCAUCAUGGAAAAUGUGUCCCCCCAGAAUCAUGUGGACAGUGUGUGGAUCAUCAAGGGCACACAUACGCGCAUAUGCAGAGUUGGGUGCCAGAUGACAACCCAUGCUUGAUUUGCAUGUGUUUGGACCAGCAACGGAUCAACUGCACUGCCAGACCAUGCAACGACAUAAGAGCUCCAGUGUGUGGAGCCUGUGAAAUCCUGCAGGAGAGGAAGGACUCAAAGUGCUGCCCAGAAUACGAGUGCGUGUGCGAUCUGGUGAGCUGUAAUCUGCCAGAGGUCCCUCGCUGUGAGGAUGGUCAAACUUUGGUGCUGAGAAACCCUGGUGAAUGCCAGCCUGUUCACGACUGCGUGUGCAAAAAGGAAGAGUGUCCAGAACAAGCUCCCCAUAAAUGUCCAGCCCAUCGCCAGCUGUCUGUCAAAAAGACCACAUGCUGUGAUUCCUUUGAAUGUACAUGUAACUGCCAGAACUCCACCCACACCUGUCCCACCGGCUUUGUCACAUCAUCCUUUACCAAUGACUGCGGCUGCACAGAAAUCCUCUGCCAACCUGAUAAGGUGUGUGUGGUUGGUGGAGUGGUUCACCCCGUGGGCAGUGAGUGGGAGGACCGAUGCGAGAAGUGUCGAUGCACAGAGAUGCAGGACAGAGACACCUUGCUUCAUGUUGCUCAGUGCAGCCCGCCAGUCUGCAAUCGCAGCUGUCCUUUGGGCUCGUCAUACACUCAAAGAAAAGGGAAUUGCUGUGGAGAAUGUAAACCAACUAGCUGUUUAGUGACUGAGGGAGAUAUGAGAGGGGAUGCAGUCAUUGGAGGAAAGCUCAGACAGGUAGGGGAAAGGUGGCUGUCUGUACAUAAUAAAUGUGUGGAACAUGAGUGUAAGAAAGUGAAUGAGGAGGUGUUCAUCUCUACGACAAAUGUCAGCUGUGACAGCAUGGAGACUCCAAACUGCCCACUGGGAAGUGAGCUUCGCUGUGACACUCAGGACUGCUGCCCCCGCUGUCACUGUGCGCCGAUGGAUGUCUGUGUUCUCAAUCACACUGUAAUAGGGGCAGGUGAGAGAAUGAUGGUGGAUGUGUGCACGCACUGUGAGUGCACAGUGCAGGACGGAGCAGUGAAGAAAUACAAACUAUCCUGCAAGAGAACUACCUGUCCAUCAUGCCCCAGGGGAUACACAACGCAGAAGGAUGGAGACAGUUGCUGCGGUCGCUGUGUUGCUACUGCCUGCUUCACCGAGCAGCCAGAUGGGAAACUCACCAGUGUGCAAGUCAACUCAACUGUUGAGGAUGGCUGCUACGUCUAUACUUGUGGUGUGAACAGCCGAGGGGAUCUUGUCUUGGAGACCAAAGUUACCACCUGCCCUCCUUUUAACCAUCAAGCCUGCAUAGCUAAAGGGGGCAAAGUCAGUCAGAUUGGAAAAACCUGCUGUGAAACUUGUACUGAGCCAGAGUGCCGCAGGACAGCAGGAACGCUCGACUACGUCAAAGUGGAUGACUGCCAAUCAGAGCAGCCGAUUGAGCUGUACUACUGUGAGGGCAAAUGUCGCAGCAAAUCUAUGUACUCCCUGCAGAGCGCUGCUGUUGAGCAGGAGUGUGUGUGUUGCUCUGCCAUGAAGACUGAACCACUCAGCGUGCCAAUCCUGUGUGCCAAUGGCACACGCAGCCACCACACCGUCAUGUCUGUAGCUGCAUGUGACUGUGUGUCCAAGCACUGCAACUAAAAGAGAAAACAAAUGUUCUAAAUGUAGAUGCUUUGUGUGUAAUUGAACAAAAUGUAGCCAUCCAGCCUCACAAAUACCAAUAAAACAAACCAUACAGUUUCUACUAUUUGUUGGUACUUGUUUUGGACACUCUUUAUGCAA